AUUCGGAUUGUCACAACCGUCAUUCCGCACGGGCUUUCGUUCGACCACAUCUUCCAUCAAAAAGAAAAAGACUUGGCUACCUUGUUGGUUGAAAACUCAUUUUGAGAGCAUUGUGUCCUUGAAAGUCUCCCAACAACAAAGACAAAAUGUCGGAUCCGGUCGCACGUCCAAUGAAAUUCCCGUACACCUUCUCGGCGAAGAUAGCCCAGUUCCCGAUUCAGCAUUACUUCAAGAAUCAAUGGAUCUGGCGUUAUUACUUCAUCGCGUUCGGCGUUUCCAUUCCGCUGUUCUACAAAAUCCACAAACUAGCUAACUCACCAGCAAACCAAGCAAAAUGGGCUGAAUCGAAGAGGAAGGAGCACGAGGAGCACCAUUAAUCCACGCAAGGAUGGAUCAGCAUUCAGCCUUCUAACAACUAGGUCAAAAGUGUAAUCGGCAACUAGUAAGAGGUCCUUUCUGCUAUCAACAUGCGUGGAAUGCUGGUUCCUGGAACCGGCCUUGUUGCGUAUUUCGAGACACGGUGUAUACGUUUAAGUGUGUACGCGCGUGUUUCGGAGUUUCAUAAUAAGCCAGCCAUAGAUCGGACAGUAAUAAAUUCUUGCUGAACUAAUCGCG